GUCAGCGACAGUGUCGUGCGAGCCAUGCUCUCGUGCACAGCAUGCAUGUCACAGCACGAUUGCUGCGACGCUGUGUCACAUCGCUGUUACUCGCGCUGUUCUGCCUACCAGUCGCUGUCAUCAUCUUUGACACACUGCCGCAGCGCGCCCCACACCGCCAUGAGUUGCAGGUGGCUGAGCCCAGGAACUCGUCCUGGUACAGCGAGGCAGUGAUGGAGGCUAGGAUGGGCUGGCGUCGUCGUACACUCAAAGAGGCUUGUAGUCGCUACGGUCUAGACGUCCCGGGGAACGACUCCCUACACAGACCAAACGCCUGGGAAUUCUUGAUCAACAAGAAAUAUCACCUGAUCUGGUGUAAUGUCUUCAAGGCAGCGUCCUCCUCGUGGAUGUACAACUUCAACAUCUUGGCCGGUUACAAGAGAGAGUUUCUCCGACGCAGCAACAUCGUGCCACUCCAGCUGGCUCGUAAACGCUAUCCUCGGCCCACUGUCAAGGAGCUGCACGCGGCUCUCAACGACUCUCUGGCCUUCCUCAUCGUAAGACAUCCUUUAGAACGACUGCUCUCCGCAUACAGAGACAAGAUACAGUACGCUCUGCCUAAUACUCAUCAUGCCAAGCUGGGCCAGCGGAUAGUGCUGCAGUUCCGUAACAAGAUUGAUAAGGAGGGCAGGCCUAUCCGAGACCGCAGUUUACACAACCCUCGUUGGCCAACAUUCCCCGAGUUUGUCAGCUACCUGGUCCAUGAGCACAGGAAAGGCCACACACUGGACAUGCACUGGACUCCCAUCACAGAGUUCUGCUCUCCUUGCCAGGUGGAGUUCGACAUGAUCCUCAAGUUUGACACACUCGAUGAAGACCAGAGGUACCUGAUAGAAGUAGCAGGCAUUGGUCACCUGGUGAAGGCUGAGUGGCGAAACCCGUCCAAAGGUCCCAACACUCCUGAUGUAAUCACUAAGUACUAUAGUCAGCUGACUCUGACCCAGCUGUUACAGCUCUACAACAUCUACAGGUUUGACUUUGAGCUGUUUGGAUUCUCACUGGACAGAUACCUAGAGCUAGCAGCCAAUGACAGUCCAACCAAAGCCAUUUUGGUGUGAAGAGAACCUACCAACCACAGCUUACGGAUUACUUCAAAGUGGCUAACACAAAUAAGAAAUCAAGAGGUGUUAGUCACAACUCACAAUAUGAAAAAAGCUAAUCUAUUCAACAUUGCAACUAAUCGCUUGUAGAAGCUACAAACAAAAGUUUGGGAUUGGUUAAUCUAUACUUAUAAAAGUAUUACACAACCACAAUGAUUUUUCUAGAAGUGUGUUUUACACCUACAUUCCAAACCGUACAAUUUUUUCACAUUCCAAUCCAUCAUUUGAUGCUACUUCAAGAUCUGAAGUUCAUUUACAACUAGACAGCCUUCUUCAGUCAUUCCAUCUAAUCAAGCGUAGAGGCUAGAAACUAGAAUAAAUUCCUUUGAUCCUUUGACACUCCAACCCAUCAUAUGUAGAGGUUACAACUAGAAGACUUUGCUCUGACAUUCCAUCUCCUUAGUUAUGCUUCAGAGAAGAAUUCAUAGAAUAAUUAGGGAUUCUAACUCUGAUUCUUCAACCAACAUUUCAAUUUUCCCCAAGACAAUUUUGGGGAUUCUGUUAGAGCGGAUAUCAAACAAUCCACUAUCAAUCUCUUUAUUUAAGACGAAAAUAAUGUUUGUAAGCCGGAAUGUCGACAGGUAAACUAAUUAAUCAUGUUUAGUAGCUGGAAAGUCCAAAACAUAUAGUUUUCACUUGGCGGCAGCCGAUAACAAAGAUAAGUUACCAUCACUUUUGCACCAACAGCAAGGAAACCUUGUGUGUAAGAGUCUUAAUGCAAAGAUUACAUGUGAUGUACUGAUUAAUUAAAUGUUCUAGACUUUUCAAUAUUAGAUCAAAGAAUACUACUAUAGUCUUUCCAACAUUGCCUGCGCCCUUACCAGUCCUUGCUGUCCAAAGUAUUUGUAGAUAAUUAAUUUUUAUCCUGGCAAAUCGAAACCCUGUCAAAACGUAACUGCAGGAAACGAUCCGUCUAAAACACCUCAUAACAAGUUCCGACCCAAUACUAACAACUUUACUUGUUAUGAUGGUCAGUUCCAUUUCUACAUUUUUAACAAUAGGCAUUGUAAAAACUGCUUUUAUACGGUUGUUAACUAAGCUAAGACUUUUCAGACUUUUAAACUUUAAAAUAUUCCAUAGGUUUUUGAAAGAUACUGCCGAUUAAGCUGUUAGGUAUAGGGUCAUGGCCAUUAAGUAGACAUUAUUUGCAUUUGUUGAUGCUGUAUCCAUUUUAUUGAAAAGCAUGAUUCAAAGAACAAAGUUUGACUGCAACACAGAUGGAUUGCAUAGUUAAUUUCUAAUAAAUAAUGGUUUAAAUACCUUAUACUGAUCCUUAGUAGUCUAUAGGCUACUGCAGUUUCAUUCCCAAGGGAACUUCAUCAGGAUGUGAGGGACAUCAAAUUUCAUUCCAGAGAAGUCGUCAAAGUUAAAAUCCAUCAAAGUCACAUUUCACUUUGACGACUUCCUCUGGAAUGAAAUUUGAUGUCCCUCACAUCCUGAUGAAGUUCCCUUGGGAAUGAAACUGUAGCAGCCUAUAGACUACUAAGGAUCACUUAGACAGUGUAAGGUAUUUAAAUAAUUAUAAUAGGCCUACCAGUGAUCCGAAGGCUAACAACAUUAAGUUAAUUUCCGUUCAACAAUUAUUUUAAUAGUUCAAAUGAAAUGCUAGCCAAUUCCUUGCCUUCAAAUUCAAAGGUUAAAUGUUCAACCAUGGGAAAGCUCCCCUCAAGACCUAUUUGCAAAUUGUAAUCCUGAUUCAACCUAAACCCAAUCAGGCAAUGAUAGAUUGAUGAUUUCUAAAAACUUUUAAAAUUUAAGGUAGUUACGAGAACAGAAUUUGAACCAUUGCGACAUCUUAAAUCAUACAAUCUAAAAAUAUCAAAGGUGCAUUUAGAAUCGAAGUUGAACAACUGACUUCUUUACUUCUUUUACCAAUUCAAAUAUGUCAUAAAAACUAUUGAACAUAAAAUAAUCAAGAGAGAAAAACCAAAUCCAAUACCGCCACAUUGUCAAUGGUGCGGUCGAACUUUGUUCAUUACAAAUUCUGUCUCUUAAAACUAGCUAGAAUGUAUUCUUUAGUUUCCAAACAGUGCUUGACUGAAAAUAAAAUAAUAUACAGCUUGAAGAAUACCAUUGAGAGCUUUUAUUUAAAUAUAUCUCUUUAUUUAAAUAUAUAUCUUGCUUCUUGAGCUUUUAAAUUAGAAGUACUUGAUUUAUUUGAGCAUAUAUUUAUAAGUAUAAUAUAUUUGUUAACAUUAUUAAACAACUACUUUGAAGUUGAGUUACCAGAGUUAUUUCAUUCAUAAGAUCCUACUAGAUCUGGGUUUUAGCAAUAAAUUAAAUAAGCGUUUCUUGAAUUCGAUCAAAAUUAUUGUAUGAAAACUAUAGUCAAACAUAAUACUGUGAUAUAGGUUGUAACGGUAUCUGUUUAAGAUUAUUUAUUGAAUAUGCGCAAAAUAUAAUGAUGGAAACCAAGCAAUUUGUUUAAACAAAUCUACGAAAUAAUUAUUAAUAAGUACGGUAUUUAUACGUAAUAAUUAUUUGAUUGUGUUUGUUUAUAUUAAAACAUUAAAACCAAACCGAUUCACCAAGUAAAUUGAUGCUUUUGAUAACUUUUUUGGGGUUGUUCAAUGUUUUUGUCAAAUACUAGUUUUUUAAUAGGCCUAUUAUAAUUCAUUAUAGUAAAAUCUGUUUGCCACCAAGAUAAAACUAAAUUUUGAGAUGCACAAUGUAACCAUAAACACUUUGCUUAAGUUUUGUGCAAUGUUUGUAGCCACUAAGUUUAGAUUUGUUAUAAGAAAUUGUUUGAUAUCACUUUGUUAUUGUUCAAUUUAUUCUGUAGAAAUGUAAAUAUGUAAGAUAAUGUUAUUAUGAAUUUAAUAAAACUGUUGGUUUUC